AUGGUCGUCGCACAGAAGCUCUACCCUCGCUCGACAGUGCGGCGCAUCGUCAAAGUCCACUCGAACCGGAGCGUGAGCAAGAACGCGGAUAUCCUGAUAUUUCUGGACUACAUGCUGUUUAUGCAAGAAUUGAUGCGUGAAGCGAAUAUCCGAUCCCGAAAGGCCGGUGAAAAGAAUGUCUCUGGGAAUUCGGUACGGAAAGUCACUGAGAAAACUCUGCGAAAAUUUAAAGGAUGA